AUGUGGAUCCACCUCAAUAAUCGGAAGAAGGUUGCUAAUGGCCCUUGGAUGCUAAUUGGAGUCUUUAACAACAUCAUUCAUCUAAGUGAACAAAAAGGAGAUAAUUUUAGUCUUUAUAAGGCAGUUGUUUUGUUGAAUGUCAUUGAUAAAUGUAAUUUAGUUAAAGUAGACAUGGUUGAUGGGAAACUUGAGAGUGAUAGGCCUUGUGUUAGUAAUAUAAUGGUUUAUCACAAGCUAGAUAAUGCCCUGGUUGACGUUGCUUGGUGCAUGGCCUUACAUGAUGCACAUGUCGAGUUGUUUUGUAAAUUUCAUUAUGAUCACAACCUCAUUCUCAUUAGGUGCGGCAUUCCCCUUCAGGACCAUGGGUCGCGUUCUUUUAGGUUUGAGCAUGAUUCUACCCUUUUUAAUAAGGAAACUGUUGGCAAUAUCAUCAAACAGAAGCACGACAUCGAGAAGAGACUCGGGGGUAUCCAACGUUCUUUGAAGAUAAUAGAUUUGGCAAGACUAGUUUAUCUCCAACAAGAGCUUCAACGGUAG